AUGGCACACGAGAAAGAGGACUUUACUUACUCGUAUGAUGCUGACGAGACGUAUGUGCCGUAUGUGCCGUUGAAGCAACGCAAGCUGCAGGUGAUGCAGCGAUUGCACAAGCGGGCGAAAAUAACCCCUCGAGCGGAACGCGCGGAAGAUGGGGGGGAAAAGAUGCCCAAACCGCCGAGCCUGCUGCAGGAAACGCUCGCGAUGCGCGAGAAGCAGCAAUACCACGCACAAGAAAAGACGCAGGCAGAAAAAGACGCAGAGGAGGAGCGCAUGAUUCUUGAAGCGCAUACAUCGCGCAGAAAAUUGCAGAGCCACGCGGAGCUUGCACAUGGCGUCCAGUACACAGAGCCGCUAAAGAGGUCAUGGCGUCCUCCGCGAUUUGUGCGGGAUUGCGGAGAAUGCGAAAUAGAGGCGCUGCGCAGGAAACAUCAUGUGCUCACAGAAGGGAAUUGUAUUCCACCGCUGAUUUCCAACUUUCGCGACAUGAAAAUCCCGCCGUGCGUGCUUGCGUAUUUGCACCGCGAAAAUAUUCGCUCUCCCUCCCCCAUCCAAAUGCAGGGGCUUCCAACGGUUUUCUCCGGGCGCGAUAUGAUUGGGAUUGCAUCUACAGGGUGUGGCAAAACACUUACGUUCAGCCUGCCACUUAUCCUAUUUGCCGCCGAGGCCGAGCGUCGCUUGCCGUUCAAGCACGAAGACGGCCCACUCGGCAUCAUUAUAUGUCCAUCGCGUGAACUUGCCCGGCAAACAUUUGACACUAUUCGUGCGAUUGCUCAAGCGCUGGCGCAUGAUGGGUAUGCGGAGAUCAGUGUGUUAUUGUGCAUUGGCGGUAUUAGCAUGGCUGACCAGGCCCAUACCCUGCACAAAGGCUUCCACAUUGUCGUUGCUACGCCAGGAAGACUCCAAGACAUGCUUGCGCAACGCAAGUUUGGGCUUGCGGCGUGUAAUUAUCUGUGCUUGGACGAGGCGGACCGCAUGAUUGACCGCGGCUUUGAGGAAAGCAUACGCGAUAUUAUGAGCUACUUUACACAGCAGCGCCAAACGCUUUUAUUUUCAGCGACAAUGCCGAGAAAGAUGCUUGACUUUGCCGAACAAUCGCUCCUUCAGCCAGUCGUUGUGAAUGUUGGGCGUGCUGGUGCGGCGAGCUUGGAUGUGGUGCAGGAAGUCGAAUACGUGAAGAAUGAAGCCAAGAUGGCGUACUUGCUCGAGAGCCUGCAAAAGACCGCGCCACCAGUGAUCAUCUUUAGUGAUCAGAAGCACGAAGUGGACGACAUUUACGAAUACUUGCUGCUGAAAGGCGUCGAAGCUGUGGCGAUCCAUGGAUCCAAGACGCAAGACGAACGCGAGUAUGCGAUGCAGAGUUUCAAAGAAGGGAACAAGGAUGUGAUGGUUGCCAGCAGCGUCGCGAGCAAAGGACUUGAUUUCCACGACAUCCAGCAUGUGAUCAAUUAUUCCAUGCCCAAAGAAAUCGAAGAUUACGUGCAUCAAAUUGGGCGUACGGGAAGGGGCGGCAAGACGGGCGUUGCGACCACAUUUGUGAAUCACAGUGCUCCGGAGCAGACCUUGCUUGAUCUGAAAUAUCUACUGAUGGAAGCCAAGCAGCGCAUUCCAGCAUUCCUUUCAGAGAUGCAGGACCCAAGGACGGGGAUGCCAGCGGGAUGUGGCUAUUGUGGUGGCCUUGGGCACAACAUCAAGGACUGCCCAAAAUUGGAAAAAGAGCAACGACAGGCCCAGCCUGGGCUCACACGCAUCGACCAUGACGGGUACUAG